UUCCGACGAAGUUGAGAGAGUGCGCCUCGUGCCAAUUGGCAGUUCAUACAGUCCCAUUGGAGCUUGUCCUAGUGUUUUGAAUUUGUGCGCAGCACUCCCCAUUGGCAUGCCAAGCCAGGAAAACUUUAAUUUGCCCCUUCGAGCUAUACACUACAAUUGUUCCUUUCUUUUACUACCCUCAAUUGCCUCAACUAAAGAUUGCGGUUUCUGGGGGUGGUAAUCUACUAUUAGAUAGCGUUGUGUUAGAAGGUGGGAAAAUAGUUCGAGGCUACCCAGUUUACGCGCAUACUUUCGCGCAUACUGUUAAGGAGCUUUGCAUUAGAUUGUGGCGAGUGAGAUAGAAAUUUGCUGCACCCGUUGCGCUCACGACUUUAGAAGAAGAGAGAACUGAUAGAAAGGAGGGUAGUGCUCAUCGUCACUUGUGGGCAGGCUUUGUUUCGAGCCGCAGCCAUGGCGUCCACCAAAGUGCAGCGUAUUAUGACCCAGCCCAUUAAUUUGAUUUUCCGUUUUUUGCAAAGCAAAGCGCGGAUUCAAAUCUGGUUGUUCGAACAGAGCGAUCUCAGAAUCGAGGGGCGAAUCAUCGGUUUCGACGAGUACAUGAACUUGGUUCUUGACGAUGCUGAGGAGGUUUCAGUAAAGAGGAAAACAAGGAAGUCUCUAGGACGGAUACUGCUCAAGGGGGAUAACAUAACACUCAUGCAAAACAUAGGAAAGUAGGGGCAUAAAAGUGGGUUCAAGUCGGUGCUGGGAAACAAGAAAGUAUACUCGCAAAUUUUUAUCUGUUCUGCACGAUAUCAUAAAGGAAACUAUUGAGGCUUGUGAAUUUCUGUAAGCAAGCCCAUCGCGUCAUGGACCGAAGCAGGUCCGAAGUUCCUUUACAUACGAUGCACUAUUGAGUAGUGAGAGGCGUGAUAGGGGGCCCCAUGACCAGAUUGAUCGUUGCUUUCGAAUGACCUGCGAGUAUGAUUUCAAGUUCUUUCCCUUUCAUCAGGACGUACCUUGCUUUGAUCCGAUUAACAUGUGAUGUCGACAG